AUGUCGUCUCUUUCCGAUGACACCCUGCGCAAGAUUCUCGUGCAAAUUCAAACCACCGCUGCCAACGCCCACAAGAAUUUGGGCGCAACGAAGCAACAGAUCGCCGUCAAGGAACGCGAGCGGCGUAUAUUGCAGCUGACCAUUGAGGAGAUCACCGGCCUCGAGCCUGAUGUGAACCUGUAUAAGGGUGUCGGAAAGAUGUUCAUGAUGGAGCCGAGACCUGAUAUGGAGAAGAGCCUGAAGGACGAGGAAAAGACGCUCACGGACGACUUGAAUAACCUGGGAAAGAAGGCGAAGUAUCUGGAAAAGCAGUUCACAGACGCGCAAAACCAACUACGCGAUAUCUUCAAUAGUGCACCGAGGCAAUGA